CCCUUCUUCCUCAUCACAUUCGACUAGCACAUCAUGGCUGUCGGCAAGAACAAGAAGCUUGGCAAGGGCCGCGGUCAGAAGAAGCGUGCCGUUGACCCGUUCACCCGCAAGGACUGGUACGACGUCAAGGCUCCCAUCUUCUUCGAGAACCGCAACGUCGGCAAGACCCUCGUCAACCGAUCUCAGGGUCUCAAGAACGCCAACGACGCUCUCAAGGGCCGCAUCAUCGAGUCCUCGCUCGCCGACCUCAACAAGGAUGACGAGCAGGCUUUCCGCAAGUUCCGCCUGCGCGUUGAGGAGGUUCAGGGCCGCACCUGCCUGACCAACUUCUACGGCAUGGACUUCACCUCGGACAAGCUCCGCUCUCUCGUCCGCAAGUGGCAGUCGCUCAUCGAGGCCCACGUCGACAUCAAGACGACCGACGGCUACCUCCUCCGCGUCUUCGUCAUCGGCUUCACCCGUCGCCGUGCGAACCAGGUCAAGAAGACCACUUACGCCAAGUCGUCUCAGCAGCGUCAGGUCCGCGCCCGCAUGACCGAGAUUGUGCAGCGCGAGGCUGGCUCUUGCGACCUCAAGGAGCUCGUCGCCAAGCUCAUCCCGGAGUCUAUGGGCCGUGAGAUCGAGAAGGCGUGCCAGAACAUCUUCCCGCUCAAGGACGUCUACUGCUACCGCACCAAGGUCCUCAAGGCCCCCAAGUUCGACGUAUCCAGGCUCCUCGAGCUUCACGGCGGUGCGGCCAACGUUGGCGCCGAGGACACUGGUGCCAAGGUCAAGAGCGGAGAGUUCAAGGAGCCCGAGGUCCUCGCCAGCGUCUAAGCAAGAAAAAAGCAUGACGACUUGAACC